AUGGCUCGCGAGGAGCUCCAGUGGCUCGACGAGAAGAAGCGGGACUACAUUGGCAGUCAGGGAGCGUCUGGUGCGAGCACAGUGGAGAUGAAGUAUAAGCAGGAGGUGGAGAAGAAGCAGAAGCAUCGGAAGUCAGAACAGAAGUCUAACCCAGAGGUCAUGCCGCGGCCGCUUCUCGAGAGCGGCACGCCGAAAACAGUGCUACGAAAGAGCACUGGAGAGACGACGGCACACAUCGACUCAUGGCUGACGAGCCGCGUCCUGGCGGUGCCAUUGGUUCUUCUUCUUACAGUGAUAUACAUUCGCCUAAAGUAG